CAGUCUUUUGUUGCUCUUUCUCGAGUUCGGGUCGUUUCUUUGUGUGGAUUUUUCCUCGCGUACGCGGCUCAAACGUAAAUAUUUUUCUUUUUUAUGUGUGCUGAACAGUGAAUGGUGGCAAAGCAGCCUCUGCUAACUUUUCUGUCGUUGUGUCACUCGCCAUGUUCAUGUCUAAUCAUUAGAGUAGAGUGCUGAACAGUGAAAAAGUGCUCGUGGAAUCGCCAUUAGAGAUACUGAAAAUUUUCGUGAAGAAAGCUAAUGGAAGUGUGAAAUCAUCGAGUUCCAACCAUGACGAUCAAACCGUUGGUGAAUCAAAAGAGUUCGGAAGAAAGCCAGGAGGGCACUUCUCAGAAUCUGGUCAACAACGGAACAGUGGGUCGUAACACACAUAGGAAUGCUGUCCUGAAUCAGCUGUCGACGUCAGAAAGUCAACCACUCCCAAGGGAAAAACGAGUUCAUACUCCGCACAAUUUCGAUAAUGAAAAUGUUCGCCAUAGGAGGAGCCCCCACAAAAACCUUGGCCGCGCAAAACGAGAUCAUCAUCAUAAGAGAGAGAAUCGCGAGCGGGACAAAAAUACUUCGCCAAGUUAUCCAGCUGUUCUACCAUCAGUGAGCAAUAAGAAGCAAACGGCACCGCCAUGUUCCAGUCCGUUGGGAAAUGCCGGUGGCCGGUCUCCAAUGAGUACAAUUCCAUCAAGUAGCAAUUUAAAUGUGGCUACCGGAAGCAGUAGUAGCAACAACUCUAACAACUUGAAGGCAAAAGUUGAGGAUACCCUGUCCGGUUAUAACAGUGGAGAUGAACACGUCGGACAAAAAGAUGCACAGCUCAGUCCCGAUGAAUGGCAGAAACGGGACGAUGCUUUCAUCAAAAUUAUGUCGGACCGUGGAUUUGUUAUCAAAGACAUGGUAGAGGAUGGUGCAUGCCUUUUCAGAGCUAUUUCAAUGCAAAUUUUUGGUGACCAGGACAUGCACGAAAUGAUAAGGCAACAAACAAUGGAUUAUAUAUACCAAAACCGUGAAUAUUUCGCACAAUUCGUGACGGAAGACAUCAAUACUUAUGUUGCUAGAAAGAGGGCAAACCAUGUCCAUGGAAACCACAUAGAGAUCCAAGCAAUGUCAGAAAUGUACAACCGUUCAGUAGAAUUGUAUUGUUAUCAGCUAGAACCAAUCAACAUUUUCAAUUCUGAACAACUACAAAAUGGAAAUGAGCCACUGCGAUUGUCUUACCAGCGAUGUUCGCACUAUAAUGCAAUAUUAGAUCCGUACAAGGCAUCGGUCGGUGUCGGUUUAGGCUUAGCUGGCUACAGACCGGACGAGCUAGAUAUCAAGCAAGUGUCUGAUGCUGUCAGAAUGAGCGAAGAGUUGGAGAUCGAACAAACUAUGUUUGAAGAUAAAUUGAAAACCACUGAUUGGGAAGCAACCAAUGAAGCAAUCGAAGAACAGAUAGCAAGAGAAUCAUACUUGCAGUGGUGUCGUGAUAAUAUGCGUAAGAACUCCGGAAAGAAUAGCAAAAGCACCAGUACCAUCACCUCUAGUGAUCUCGGUGGUGGCGGCGCUAGUGGUUGCUGCAGUACGUCGGUUAGCCCAGAGAAAUCGCUGAAGCAAAAUUUAGAGGCUGCUACAUCUUACUCAGAGACGCUGUUGUGUGAAUUCCGAAAAUCAUCGUCUCCGUCGCCAUCGAAUCAUUCCUUCAACCAAGGAAGUUGUUCGUCGAGUUCGAAAAAUAGCUCCUUCGAACUUGAUUGUUCACUACCGGAAACCUCUUGUUCGGUUCAAUAUUACUUUAACAACAGUAAUAGAAGAAAGAAACGGAAUCUGAGUUCUCCAGUGGAAAAACCCAGCACAGAAGUACUACCAAAAAAACCUAAAAUAGUCUCCAGCCCUACGGGUGAACAUGAAACGGACAGUGGCGCGAGUACAUCGGGAACUGCGAAAAACGAAAACCGACCGCGAGAUGAACCCGUUUCCGAAUUUUAUCAAUCAUUACUGGAAUCAUCGUACACCGACGAUGGUUUUGCACAACUAAGUGAGCGGGAAAUGGUACAGAAGGCGCUUGCCGAAUCGGCGAUGGAUUUUGUGAAACGAAGUGAUCAAACAAACGGCUCUCAAGAGGAUAAAUAUGGUACAACUGAUGAAGAAUACGAUUCGCCUUCACCGUAGAUGGGCAUGCUGCUGUAGGAUUACUAGAAAUGCGAGUUAGGGUUUUUCUAUUUUCGGAAAUAAUUAAUCUCCGUGCGUUGGCAAUAAAUUGGAUAAUUGCCCCAUAUAAGUAUAGAGCAUAAAACUACACUUUAGCUAACAAUGAAGAGUACAGAGAAUAGAAGUAAGAGAAGUUUCUUUUAUUCGUAUUUUCCCGCAUUACCUUCAUUACAUUCAACAAAUGCUUUAAUUUUUUUUUGCGAAUUUUGUUAACGUUCAACUUACGAUAAUUGCUUCAAAUAUUAUUCUUUUAAAUUUGAUUACCUUUGAUAAUUUAAUGAUUAAUUUACUACAAAACAUUGGUUAUACUGCGAAAGUAAUGAACGUUAAUAAUCCAUAAAAUAAUAUAAAAUACACCCAAAUACAGUGUAAGCGCUUUAUUGAUGGCGUGAAUACUUUGAAUUUGAAGAAUAAAUAUAUGUCAAACAGUAGUGUAGGUAUUGCUAGUAGUAUCGGAUAAAAUCCAUUGUGCAGUGAAAUAUCACAACAUAGGGACCAUAGGGUGUUACGUAAUUUUGUUUAGCUACCCUUUCGCUGUCGACUGUUGUCGCAGAUGGCAGGCAGUAACAAUUGUACCAGGCAAAUGUUCCUAACAAUAUUUUGAAACGAUCUACGCAAGUCAAAUAUGACCUUUCAUACUACAUACUUGUGUAAUUGAACUUAGAAAAUGGUUUUCAGAAAAUUUAAACAAUAAACGAGGGUCACGCAAUAUCCA